AUGGCCGUGGGGUCAGGUGCCAAGCAAAUAUUCGAUGCCAUCGUGGACCCCAGUGCUGCGCAAAAUGCUGUCGCUCUCUGGGUGGCUGUCAAGGAGCCAGAAGCCACGGACCUGCUUCUGAAGACACCGCCCGAACUGCUACCCAGCCUCAGCUCUCACAGACUUCGAGCUCGUCAGCGCCAGCCACCACCACUCACUCGUGGCUAUGGCCAGCACCAUGCUAUUGAGCGCUUGGAUCGUAAACGCCGACGAGAUGCGGAGAUAGAAGAGAGGGAGAAGCUGGAGACGGAGUAUCUGCAGACCAUUGAAGUUCUCUUUUGGAAUGAGAAAAAAGUGGCACCCAAGUCCUUCGGUGUUAUUGGUACCGCCAGUGCUGCCAACCCCACCAUGCUCUUCAUCGUCUUACAUGGUUUUAAGCCAUUUGAAGAUGAGCUGAAAGGGAACACAUCCAUUGCCGUACUCAAGAAUUCCCGAUGGAUGAUUCAAGACAUCAAAUUGUCGAUUCCUGCUUUUCGACAACAGCAUGUUCUCGUACGCCUUCCCAACCUCGACGAUUCGGACUGCCUCGGUCUUGAUCAGUUCCUCCCAUUCAAAACAAUUUCCACCACACGAGCGAUAGAACGUCAACCGAAGAAAGAGCUUCCCACUCCCGCCAUUUCCCAGCUCCCAGUAUCGACUAUUCAAGCGCUUGCUGAGAAGGCGAACUCCCAGUCAGCCUCAUUGCCUGUUGUCCAUGCUGGGAAGACCAUCCUUCUUGCCCCUGGCCCCAUCCCAUCGCGCCUCCCAUCAGUCCCAGCCCAUGGAGUUUUUCCUCCUCGAUACUCGUGUGAUAUCGUCCCCGGCCUUCAAGCACUUGCUUCCACCAAGGAAGGCCCAGAACGCGUGCAAGUCUUCAACGAACACUUCCCCAACUCGCUUUACGUCCGCAGCACAGUGUCAAAACACAUCCGCUUUUUCAGGGUCGCCCGCCUCCACGAUCUCUAUGAAAAUUCGGUCAAGGCUGGUCGUACAGAUGCAGGGUUAUGGUCGCAUGUUCGUAAAGCAGCUGAGAAGAAAUCCAAAGACUCGGACUUCAAGCUUCCUUACGGCGAGAAGGAUUGGGAGAGAAAAAAAAAUACUGUCAUCGACCUCGCUGAUAGCAGCUCAUCCAAUGACACCGACACCGACACCACCAGUGAAUCUGACAGUGACGACAACCCGACUGACACCCGUGUCAUGGCUCCCAACGCUGGGGCCACCUCGAGUUCUGCCAUCGACCUUACGAGUGAUUCCGAAUCCAACACACCCAAGACUGACCCACCUAAUCCCUCUGAUCCCGACGGACCCGGCCAGCAUGAUUCAUCGUCAUCGGAUGAAUCGGACGAGGAUUCCCCUCUCAGUUCGUAUCAGAGGGUUCGGUUCUUCACCGAAAUCAUUUCCAUCGACACCGAAGUUGACGAGGUUGCUGGUCGCACUCAUCCAAAGGAUUUCCGGGAGGGAUGGCUCAAUUCGGACCCCUUCAAGACCGGACAUCUGCGCUCAGUCCGCAUGUUCCACUUGUCCGAUCCUCCGCCGGUGCCCUCAAAGACCAACCCUUGGUUUGAUUUCACCAAUGACCCUACAACCCACUACGUGCUGAAGCGGAUCACUCAUCCUGGUGAUGGAACCCGGGCUUGGUGGGAUGGGCCAUUGGUAGACCAGCCAAGUCUGAUUCACGCGCUUAUGCGAGAGGCUGGUCGCUUUGCACGGAUGAGGGAUGCUCUAGAUGUCUUCAAGUCGACAUUGGAUCAGGCAUUACUUUCCUCAUUUGCGCUCAUCUCUCACCCGGUGUAUCUCUUCCACAUCCACGAGCGGUAUGAGAACACAUAUCUUGCGCAACCAAUGGCUCCCGACAAUGGCCAACUUCAUCGUCACGUGGUCGGUGGUACUGCGCAGACAUUCCCCGUCCUCGACCGAAUGCUCGAGUCAUUCUCCCACUUCACACUCCACCACACAAAUGGACGCAUGGUUCACACAGCCUUUGAAGGGUUUGUCUAUAAAACAGAGCCAGAGACGUUCAUCAUCGUUGACUUCACGACCCAUACGGUUCAAAAUGACGACUGUGCUGAUGCGUUUAUCGAAAACUGUGCUGGAAUUGGUAUUGGCAACUUCAAACUGGGUCAUAGCUGUAAUGAGUUCUGCUGUGCUCUAGCCCUCGAGCGUCUUUGA